AUGACCUCACCCUCGACACCCCGCUCUGUCGUCGUCACUGGCGCCAACAAGGGCAUUGGCUACGAAGCAGUCAAGCAGCUCUCGCAAAAGCUUCCCAAUGCUACCAUCUACCUCACCGCACGUACGCAGGCCAACGGCGAUGCUGCUGUACAAAAGAUGAAGCAAGAGGUUUCAAGCCACGACUUUUCCAACGUCCGUGUCUUGCUGCUCGAGAUCGUCGACCCGGAAUCCGUCAAGCAGGCCGUGGCAUCCGUCAAGGAGCAGAGCGGAACAUUGGACGUGCUGCUCCACAACAGUGGCAUCUCCGGAAUCGAUGGGGAUUACGGACACCCAGAGGUGUUCAACGUCAACGUUCGCGGCGCCAGGGCUUCCAUCGAGGCUUUCUCGACCAUCCUCACAAAAGGUUCGGGCAAGGUCAUCGUCGUCUCCUCUGAAGUUGGCGCAUGGCAGACGGCUUCGCUGCCGAAGGAGCUCCAGAGCAAGCUGCUCGACGCCCCCAACACGUCUUGGGAUCGAGUCGACGCAUGGAUCGACGACUGGCUCCGCUUGAAGCAGGGCAAGGACGGUGUCAAGGAGGCUUGGAAUCCGGUCGAUCAGCUGGUCAACUCUGGAUACAGCGUCAGCAAGGCGCUACUCAACGCAUACCUGCGUCACUUUGCACUCAACGACAAUGCACCCAAGCUCGCCGUCGUUUGCCCCGGCUACUGUGCCACCGACCUCAACAACAACUCUGGAUACCGAUCGGCAGCUGAAGGCGGAGAGAGCGUCAUCUGGCCAAUCUUCAACGAGUUCGAGCACGGCAAAUUUUACCAGGAUGGCAAGCAAAAGCCUUACGACUAUGCUAUCCCUGCCGAUUUCUUGAACAACCUUAAACCGCCGCAGUAA